AUGGCGGACGGCGGCGUGCGCGUGCCGCAGGAGGCUCUGAAAGCCAGCGCCGCGGUGGACGAGCGGAUCGAUUUCAUCCGGGAGCAGGCCUUCACCUGCCUGCGUCUCAAAACUGAUAAGUGGAAUCGCUUCAUCGCCGCCGAGGAGAACCUGAGGCUCCUGCUGGACUUCCUAGAUAAAGGCAGCCAGGAGCGGCUGGUGCUGUGCACUGGGCCCGGGGGCACGCUGCAUGUGGGACACGGCCAGAGCCCCGCGCCGUGGAAAACCAAGCUUCUGUGCAUCCUGAAAAAGGGGACACUGAAAGUGUCCAAGUCGAAUUUCCGAAGGGAGCUCUGGCUGGGAGAGGUGUCUGGUCAGCCCUUGGAGCAGGUGCCAGUUUUCAUUGCUGAGGUGCUGGUCUCUAUUCUGGUCAAUGGGAGGAACCAUGGAGGCUGGCCCCGGGUGGUGUCUGAGGACAUCAACAGGCACAUUGAGAAGUUGAAGAGCCACGUGGUCACCCUGUGGGGCAGGGCGGAGGGCCGGACUCUGCUGCCUUUGCCACUCUGUAUAGAGAGGUCAGGACUGGAGGACACCCUCCUCAGUCCUGGUGACUGGCCCAUAGACCGCACCAUGGUGUACUCCAUUGAGACCAUGGUCAUCCAAUGGACACAUCAGAUCUGGGACAUCCUGAAGAAGGAUUCAAGCCAGGCCCUGGGAGACAAUCCUGGUCCCAACGUCGAAAUCGAGUUCUGGGUCACACAGAAGGAUAACCUGCUGGGUAUUCAGAGACAGAUCCAGAAUCCCAAAGUAGAAAAGAUCAUGGAGAUUCUAAAGAGGAUUAAAAGCAGCUACUAUGCCAGCUUCAGCGACAUCAUUCAGAAAGUAAACCGAGCUGUCCAGGAGGCGGUGGACAUCGAGCUGCACCUGCGUCCGCUGAAGAAGCACAUCAGCAGUUUGGAGGAGCGCAGCUUCACCCACAUGGAGGUGCUCGUGGCCCCCCUCUUCCACACCCUGUGUCUGAUCUGGAGCCACUCCAAGCACUACUGUGUCCCGGGACGCAUGGUGGUGCUGCUGAAGGAGUUCUGCAACCUGCUGAUCGAGAAGGCCUUUGCCUACCUCAUCCCUGAGGAGCUGUUUAAGAUGGAGCUGGAGGAGGGGGUGGAGAGGGUCCAGCAGACCAUCCACGUGAUAAAGAGCUUCAAGCGGACCUUCCACCAGCACAGGGAGAAGAUCGGUCAGUACUACCGGGACGGGGAGGAGGUGCGGCCCUGGGACUUCCCCUCUGGCCUGGUCUUCCAGAGGACUGACUGCAUCCUGGAGAGGCUGCUGAUGAUCGAAGAGCUGUUUGCGUCUGCCCUGGACUUCCUGAAGCUGGAGAAGAUUGAGCUGGGAGGGUCCCGGGGGAAGAUCCUGAGUGACAUGGUGUACAGCAUGAACGACGAGUUCCACGACAGCUGGAGGAUCCUCAGAGAGAGCAAGUAUGAUCCACUGGAUUACACCAAGAAGGACUUUCUCUCUGAUUACACCCGUUUCGUGGGGCAAAACAAGGACUUUGAUCAGCGGCUGGGCACCGUCCUUAACCUGGCCUUUCAGCAUUCGAGGGGACUGGAGUCCGCCUUUAAGCUCCUGCAGAUAUUCGGGACCCUGCUGGAGAGGCCCAGAAUCAACGAGCUGUUCGCCCCGAACUACGCCACUCUGCUGCUCAUGUUCGAGGAGGAGAUGAACUGCUGUCAACAUAUCCUCGACCGGCAGAGGGAGAAGAUGCAGAACGGCCACGCCAGCCUGGGGAAGAACAUGCCGCAGGUGGCGGGGAGCCUGAAGUGGUCGCAAGAACUGCGGGACAGAAUCCUGAGCAGCCGCAGCAACCUCAGCCACCUGACGCACAUGCCCCUGGGCACCAGUGAAGCAGAGCAGGUUCUGAAGAAGUGUGAGAGGCUGCUGGAGGUGUUGGAGCAGCAUGAUGAAGAGGUCUAUUCCUCCUGGACCGAAGGGCUGGAGGAGCUGUGCCACACCCACCUGCAGGAGCCCCUGCUGGCUCUCAACCAGGAGACCGGCCUGUUCCAGGUCAACUUCAACCCUGCUCUGACCUCAGUUCUGCGGGAGGUGAAAUACCUGUCCAUGCUGAAAUACCACAACAUUCCCAAGGCGGCGCUCAAUCUGUACUCCAAAAAGGAGACUCUGUACAUGUACACCCAGACCCUGUCCCUGGUGACGCAGUGGUACAACCGGCUGCAGAGCACCAUCCUGGAGGUGGAGCUGCGGCUGGUGGAGAGGGAGAUGGAGGGCACCAGGCGGCAGCUGCAGCCCGCGCUGGAGGGCCUGGCCUGGAGCCAGGACGACCUGUGGGGCUACAUCCAGCAGACCCGGGAGCUGGUGCAGGGCGUGGACAGCCGGGUGCAGAGGAGCAAGGCCAACGUGGAGGCCCUGCAGGAGCUGAUGGGAGGGUUCAGUCACGCCCCCUUCAUCACCAGGAAGAGCAGCCGGAGCAGCAACCUGCUGCUGAUCGGAGACGUGGAGGAGAGCGUCCGCAGGAAGUACGCCCUCAUCGCCUCAACUGGGGAGCAGAUUCACCGGCUCGUGCAGGAGAACCAGGCUCUGCUGGGCGCUGACCCAGACUCUCCCGAGUGGAAGGCAUAUACUGAGUAUGUGGACCGCAUGGUCCUACAGGGCCUGGUCAGUGCCAUCCGCUGCUCGCUGCUCUACUUCAUCGAGAACACCGACCCCGCCCUGAGGAUCGCGCCCCUGUUCGAGGUACAGAUGGUCCUCAACGGCAGCGACAUGACCUUCAAACCACCCUUAGACAUCACCAGGAAGGACAACUUCUACGACAUCAUUGACAAGAUGGUGGACCAGAUCUUCAAAAUGGCCUCUCACAUUCCGAGAGUGGCCCAGCACAAUCAAAAGGAGACGUACCAGCCGGACAUCGAUGACAUGGCGGAGCUGGCGGAACUCUCCCAGACCAUCCGGAGCCGGGCGCGUGGGGCCGUCGCUAAGGUGAAGGAGUUCCAGAGCAGCUUCGCCAGCUACCGCUACCUGUGGACGGACGACCGCGGCGAGUUCAUGCGGCAGUUCCUGCUGUACGGCCACGUGCUGAGCGCCGAGGAGGCUGAGCUCUACGCCGACUAUGAGCUGACCAAGAACCCGCCCAAACUGGAGAACUUCAAGGAGCAGAUCUGCCUCUUUGAGUCACUGUACCUCAAAGUCAGUAAAUUCGAAGACAAGAAGAUUUUCUGUGGCUGGUGCCAAGUGGACAUCAAGCCUUUUAAAGUCUCGCUGAUGAAUGUGAUCAAGAAGUGGAGCUGGAUGUUCAAAGAGCACCUGCUCAAUCAUGUCAAUAACAGUGUGCAAGAACUGGCCACCUUCAUCCAGGAAACAGAUAAGGGUCUGUCCAAAAAGGUGUCGGACGGAGAUUACGCUGGUCUGGUGGACAUCAUGGGACACCUGAUGGCCAUUCGCGACAGGCAGAUCACCACCGACCAGCACUUCAAACCCCUCAAGUCCACCGCUGACCUGCUGAAAACCUACGGCCAGCAGCUCCCUGAGCAGGUCUACACACAGCUGGAGGAGCUUCCCGAGAAAUGGAAGAACCUGAAGAAGGUGGCGUUCACCGUCAAGCACGAGGUCGCCCCGCUGCAGUCCAACGAGGUGUCCGUUAUCAGGAGGAAGUGUGUCCGCUUCGAGAUAAAGCAGCACGAGUUCAGAGAACAAUUUCGCACGGAAAUCAUUUUUCGAAUUGAUGUGGAUGAUCCCUAUAAGCUUAUAGACAAGACAAACAGGGCCGUGGUGCAACUGGAGACAGAGAUGAGGAAACUUCAGGAAACGGCUGAUCUAUUCGAGGUCAGUUUCCCUGACUACAAGCAGCUCCGCCAGUGCCGGUCUGACAUCAUCCUGGUCAAGUCCGUCUGGGACAUGGUCAUAUUCGUCAAGACCAGUAUUGCAGACUGGACGAAAACCCCAUGGAAAGAAAUUAAUGUGGAGCAAAUGGAUAUGGAACUAAGAAGAUUUGCAAAGGAGAUGAAGACCCUGGACAAAGAGGUGCGUGUGUGGGAUGUGUACACAGGCCUGGAGGCCACCGUGAAGAACCUGCUGACCUCGCUGCGAGCCGUCAACGAGCUACAGAACCUGGCAGUGAGGGAGAGGCACUGGCAGCAGCUGAUGAGCACCACAGGGGUCCGCUUCGUCAUGGACGAGAGCACCACCCUCGGGGACCUGCUGGAGCUGCAGCUGCACCGCGUGGAGGACGAGGUGAAGAACAUCGUGGAUAAAGCCGUGAAGGAGAUGGGCAUUGAGAAGGUGCUGACAGAGAUCAAUCAGACAUGGAGCAUGAUGAACUUCUCCUAUGAGAAGCACCAGAGCACAGGAACUCCGCUGCUCAAGUCCGACCAGAACCUGAUUGAAACCCUGGAGGACAAUCAGGUGCAGCUGCAGAACAUCCUAAUGAGCAAGUACGUGGAGUACUUCCUGGUGCAGGUGAGCACCUGGCAGAGGAAGCUGAUGGUGGCCGACCUGGUCAUCUCCAUCUGGAUGGGCGUGCAGCGCACCUGGGCACACCUGCAGAGCAUCUUCACCAACUCCGAGGACAUCCGCAACCAACUGGCACAGGAUGCCAGGAGGUUCCAGGGCAUACACCUCGACUUCCAGAAUCUGAUGACAACGGUUGUCCAAACCCAGAAUGUGAUUGAGGUCACAAAUCAGCCAGGCUUUUUGGAGAAGUUAGAAGCACUGCAGCAAAGGCUGUCUGUAUGCGAGAAGGCCUUGGCGGAGUAUCUGGAGACGAAGAGAAUCUCGUUCCCGCGUUUUUACUUUGUCUCGGCCACAGACUUACUGGAAAUCGUUUCCAAGGGAACCCAGCCGAAACAGGUUACCAGGCAUCUGCUGAAAUUGUUUGACAACCUGGCGGAUCUGAAGUUCAGUGAGACGGAGCAGGAGGGGGAGAAGGCAGUGGCUGUGGGCAUGUUCAGCAGAGAGGGGGAGUACGUGCCCUUCUCUGAGCCCUGCGUCUGUGAGGGACAGGCGGAGUGCUGGCUCGGAGACCUGGAGACCACCAUGCGGAGCACCAUCCGGAGGGAGAUCAUGGAAGCCGUGGCAGCCUACGAGGACAAGCCCCGCGACCAAUGGCUCUUUGACUUCCCCGCCCAGGUUGCGCUGACCGGCAGCCAGAUCUGGUGGGCCACGGAUGUGGGCAUCGCCUUCCAGAGGGUGGAGGAGGGCUUUGAGACCGCCCUCAAAGACUACAACCGCAAACAGAUUACCCAGCUGAACGCUCUCAUAAACAUGCUGCUGGGGGAGCUGACGCCCGGCGACCGGCAGAAGAUCAUGACCAUCUGCACCGUCGACGUGCACGCCCGCGAUGUGGUCGCCAAGCUCGUCGCCGGGAAGGUGACCAAUGGGCAGGCCUUCGCCUGGCUCUCCCAGCUGCGACACCGCUGGGACGAGGACCAGAAACACUGCUACAUCAACAUCUGCGACGCCCAGUUCCAGUUCUCCUACGAGUACCUGGGCAACACGCACAGACUGGUCAUCACCCCGCUCACCGACAGGUGUUACAUCACCUUGACUCAGUCCCUGCACCUCACCAUGAGCGGGGCCCCCUCGGGUCCUGCAGGCACUGGGAAAACAGAGACCACCAAGGACCUUGGCCGCUCCCUUGGCAUCAUGGUCUAUGUAUUCAACUGCUCUGAGCAAAUGGACUACAAGUCCAUUGGUAAUAUCUACAAAGGCCUGGCCCAGACAGGAGUCUGGGGGUGCUUCGAUGAGUUCAACCGCAUAUCCGUGGAGGUGCUGUCCGUCGUGGCUGUGCAAGUCAAAACCAUUCAAGAUGCCAUCAGAAAUAAGAGACAAAGGUUCCACUUUCUGGGAGAGGAGAUAGAUCUGAAGCCCACUGUGGGCAUCUUCAUCACCCUGAACCCUGGGUAUGCCGGCCGGGCUGAGCUUCCGGAGAACCUCAAAGCCCUGUUCAGACCGUGUGCGAUGGUGAUCCCGGAUUUCGAGCUCAUCUGUGAGAUCAUGCUGGUUGCCGAGGGCUUCAUGGAUGCCCGGCAGCUGGCACGCAAAUUCAUCAGCCUGUACACGCUGUGCAGGGAGCUGCUGUCCAAGCAGGACCACUACGACUGGGGCCUCAGAGCCAUCAAAUCCGUCCUGGUGGUGGCAGGAUCACUGAAACGAGAGGACAGGAGCAAACCUGAAGACCAGGUCCUGAUGCGCGCCCUGAGGGACUUCAACCUCCCCAAGAUUGUCACCAACGACGUGCCCAUCUUCCUGGGGCUGAUCAGCGACCUGUUCCCCUUGCUGGAUGUCCCGCGGAAGAGGGACCCUGACCUGGAGCAGGCGGUGCGGCAGUCUGUGGCCGAACUGCACCUGCAGCCCGAGGAGAACUUCAUCCUCAAGGUGACCCAGCUGGAGGAGCUGCUGGCCGUGAGACACUCUGUGUUUGUGGUGGGGAGUGCGGGGACUGGGAAGAGUCAGAUUUUGAAGACCCUGCACAAGACGUAUGCCAACAUGAAGAUAAAGCCAGUAUGGAAUGACAUUAACCCCAAAGCCGUGACCACAGACGAGCUCUUUGGCUUCCUGCACCCGGCCACCAGAGAGUGGAAGGACGGGCUCUUCUCCUCUACUAUGAGGGAGCUCUCUCGUAUCAACCAUGACGGGCCCAAGUGGAUUGUCCUGGACGGGGACAUUGACCCAAUGUGGAUCGAGUCCCUGAACACAGUCAUGGAUGACAAUAAGGUUCUCACCCUGGCCAGCAACGAACGCAUCUCUCUGACGUCGUCAAUGCGGCUGGUGUUUGAGAUCAGCCACCUGAAGGCCGCCACCCCGGCAACCGUCUCCAGGGCUGGCAUCCUGUACGUCAACCCCCAGGACUUGGGCUGGAGCUCGUAUGUAACGAGCUGGAUUGAUACUCGACAUGCUCAAUCAGAAAGAGCUAAUCUGACUAUAUUGUUCGACAAGUACGUUCCUUACUGCUUGGAGCAAGUGAGAUGUAAUCUGAAAACAAUUACGCCAAUUCCUGAAAACAGUAUGGUGCAGACCCUGUGUUCCCUGCUAGACUGCCUGCUGACCUUGGAGAACACCCCUCCCGACUCCCCUCGGGAGCUGUAUGAGAUCUACUUCGUCUUCGCCUGCGUCUGGGCCUUCGGCGGCGCCCUCUUCCAGGACCACCUCAUCGACUAUCGGUCCGAGUUCAGCCGCUGGUGGUCCAAGGAGAUGAGGGCGGUCAAGUUCCCCUCCCAGGGCACCGUCUUCGACUACUUCAUCGACCCCGACACCAAGAAGUUCGCCCCCUGGAGUGACAAAACACCCUCCUUCGAGCUGGAGCCCGACGCGCCGCUGCAGACGGUUCUGGUCCACUCGGCCGAGUCCAUCUGCCUGACCUACUUCGUGGACCUGCUGCUGCAGAGGGGCAAGCCGGUCAUGCUGGUGGGCAACGCUGGCGUGGGGAAGACCAUCCUGGUGUCGGACAAGGUGUCCAAGCUGAAGGAGGACUACAUGGUGGCCAAAGUGCCCUUCAACUACUACACCACCUCGGCCAUGCUGCAGCGUGUUCUGGAGAAACCUUUGGAAAAGAAAGCUGGGAGAAACUUUGCCCCUCCUGGCACUAAGAGGCUGAUCUACUUCAUUGAUGACCUUAACAUGCCAGAGGUGGAUGCGUACGGCACGGUCCAGCCCCACACUCUCAUAAGACAGCACCUGGACUACAGCCACUGGUACGACCGGCAGAAGCUGGCUCUGAAGGAGAUCCACAACUGCCAGUACAUCACCUGUAUGAAUCCUGCUGCGGGGAGCUUCUCAGUCAAUCCCAGACUGCAGAGGCAUUUCUCCGUGUUUGCGGUGCACUUCCCCGGCUCGGAGGCACUGGCCACCAUCUACAGCAGCAUCCUCAGCGCCCACUUCCAGCAGGGCGGCUUCAGCUACGGGGUCACCAGGUCUGUGGGGACCCUGGUGCAGGCUGCCAUAUGCCUGCACCAAAAGAUGACCCAGAACUUCCUGCCCACCGCCAUCCGCUUCCACUACAUCUUCAACUUACGGGACCUGUCCAAUAUCUUCCAGGGAAUCCUGUUCGCCCUCCCGGAGUGUGUGCGCUACCCCAUCGAUCUGGUGCACUUAUGGCUGCAUGAGUCCUCCAGGGUUUACUCCGACAAGCUGAUGGAGGAGAAGGACGUGGAGCUGUUCAACAAAAUCCUCCUGGACACGGGGAAGCGGUACUUCGAGAGCAUAGACGAGUCCAUCUUCAUCCACCAGCCGCUCAUCUACUGCCACUUCGCCCACGGGGUGGGGGAGCCGCGCUACUCCCGGGUGUCCGACUGGGAGAAGCUGCACAAGACGCUGACGGACGCGCUGGAGCACUACAACGAGCUGCACGCCGUCAUGAACCUGGUGCUGUUCGAGGAGGCCAUGCAGCACAUAUGCCGGAUCAGCCGCAUCCUGGAGGCCCCUCACGGGAACGCCCUCCUGAUCGGGGUGGGAGGGAGCGGGAAACAGAGCCUUUGUCGCCUUGCCGCCUUCCUCAGCAUCCUAGAGGUCUUCCAGAUCACUCUGCGCAAAGGAUACGGCAUCCACGACCUCAGGAGCGACAUCGCCGCCCUCUACCUGAAGGUGGGGGUCAAGAACAUCGGGACAGUCUUCCUCCACACCGACGCUCAGGUCCCUGACGAGCGCUUCCUGGUCCUUAUUAACGACAUGCUGGCCUCAGGCGAUAUUCCAGACUUGUUCACCGAGGAGGAAGUAGACAUGGUGGUCUCCUCCAUCCGCAUGGAGCUCAGAGGCCUGGGACUCCUGGACACCAGGGAGAACUGCUGGCGGUUCUUCAUUGACCGGAUCCGCAGGCAGCUCAAGGUUGUCCUCUGUUUCUCCCCCGUGGGCUUCACUCUGCGGACCCGGGCCAGGAAGUUUCCCGCCCUGGUCAACUGCACCGCCAUCGACUGGUUUCACGCCUGGCCCCAGCUGGCCCUGCAGUCUGUCAGCGGCACCUUCAUCGAGAAAAUAGACGGACUGGAGCCUGAAGUCAAGACUUCAAUAAGCGAGUUCAUCUCCUACGCUCACACCAGCGUGAACGAGGUGAGUGUCAAGUACCAGCAGAACGAGAAGCAUUACAACUACACCACUCCCAAGAGCUUCCUGGAGUUUAUGAAGCUGUACGGCAACCUGCUGAGCAAGAAGAGGAAGGAGCUGACGCAGAAGAUGGAGAGGCUGGAGAACGGCCUGCAGAAGCUGCAGAGCACUGCCUACCAGGUGGAGGAUCUGAAGGCCAAGCUGGCCAUACAGGAAGUGGAGCUGCACCAGAGAAACACAGACACGGAGGCGCUGAUCACCAAGAUCGGCCAGCAGACCGACAAGCUGAACCUGGAGAAGGCCGUGGCCGACGCUGAGGAGCAGAGAGUGGCAGCCAUCCAGGCCGAGGUCACUAAGCAGCAGCAGGAGUCUGAGGAGGACCUGGCCAAAGCUGAGCCCGCCCUGCAGGCGGCCAACGCAGCUCUCAACACCCUGAACAGGCUCAACCUGACGGAGCUGCGCACCUUCCCCAACCCCCCCGCCAUCGUGACCAACGUGUCGGCCGCCGUGCUCGUCCUGCUGGCCCCUCAGGGCCGCAUCCCCAAAGACCGCAGCUGGAAGGCGGCCAAGAUGGUCAUGAGCAAGGUGGACGACUUCCUGCAGGCCCUGGUGAACUUCGACAAGGAGCACAUCCCGGACGCCACAGUGAGGGUGGUGCGGGACGAGUACCUGAGUGACCCCGAGUUCAACCCCGAGUUUGUUCGCCUCAAGUCCUCGGCCGCCGCAGGGCUGUGCGCCUGGGUCAUCAACAUCAUCCGCUUCCACGAGGUGUACUGUGAGGUGGAGCUGAAGCGUCUCUGCCUGUCACAAGCCAACGCCGACCUGGCCGAGGCCGCGGAAAAGCUGGAGGCUAUUCGCAAGAAGCUGGCGGAGCUGGACAACAGUUUGGACACUUUGACGGCCGCAUUUGAGAAGGCCACUGCAGAGAAGCUACGCUGUCAGGACGAGGUGAACAGGACCAACAAGACCAUAGAGCUGGCCAACCGACUGGUGAAGGGCCUGGAGUCAGAGAAUGUGCGCUGGGCACACUCGGUGGCUCAGUACCAUGAGCAGGAGAAGACUCUGUGUGGAGACGUGCUGCUGACCUCGGCCUUCAUCUCCUACGCCGGCUCCUUCUCCAAGAAGUACCGUCACGAGCUGGUGGAGCACCUGUGGAUGCCUUACCUGCGCAGCCAGAAGAUCCCCAUUCCCAUGACGGAAGGGCUGGACCCCAUCUCCAUGCUGACGGACGACGCCACCAUCGCCAAGUGGAACAAUGAGGGCCUGCCCAGCGACAAGAUGUCCACGCAGAACGGCACCAUCCUCACCAACUGCGAGCGCUGGCCGCUGCUGAUCGACCCGCAGCUGCAGGGCGUGAAGUGGAUCAAGAUCCGCUACGGCGCCGACCUCAGGGUCAUCAGCCUGGGCCAGAAAGGGUACGUCGACGUCAUUGAGCAAGCGGUGGUGUCGGGGCACCCCGUCUUAAUCGAGAACCUCGAGGAGACGAUCGACCCCGUGCUCGACCCCCUCUUGGGAAGACACACCAUCAAAAAGGGCAGGUGCAUCAAGGUGGGGGACAAGGAGUGCUACUUCCACCCGGACUUCCGGCUCAUCCUGCACACCAAGCUGGCCAACCCCCACUACAAGCCUGAGAUCCAGGCCCAGACCACCCUCAUCAACUUCACCGUGACCCGCGACGGCUUGGAGGACCAGCUGCUGGCCGAGGUGGUCAACCUGGAGAGGCCGGACCUGGAGCACCUGAAGUCUGAUUUGACAAAGCAGCAGAACUACUUUAAGAUUGAGCUGAAGCAGCUGGAGGACGAGCUGUUGACCCGCCUCUCUGCUGCGGAGAGCAACUUCCUGGGGGACAACCUGCUAGUGGAGAAGCUGGAGACCACCAAGCACACGGCCGCCGAGAUUGAGAUGAAGGUUCUGGAGGCAAAAGUUAAUGAAGUAAAAAUUAAUGAAGCACGUGAGCACUAUCGUCCCGUGGCUGUAAGAGCCUCUCUGCUCUACUUCAUAAUGAAUGAUCUCAAUAAAAUCAAUCCAAUGUACCAGUUCUCACUUAAGGCGUUUAAUGUGGUGUUUCACAAGGCUGUGCAGCAGGCCGAGCCCGCCGACGAUGUCAGGAAGAGGGUAAAUAUCCUCAUCGACUGCAUAACCUUCUCCAGCUUCAACUACAUCAGCCGCGGCCUCUUCGAGAGGGACAAGCUUACCUUUACCUCCCAGCUGGCCUUCCAGCUCCUGCUCAUGAGUAAAGAGAUUGAUGUGCGUGAGCUGGACUUCCUGCUGAGGUUCAACAUCGACCACAGCUAUGUCAGCCCUGUGGACUUCCUGUCCAACUCAGCGUGGAGCGCUAUCAAGACCAUGAGCUUCAGUGAGGAGUUCAGGGGGCUGGACCGGGACAUCGAGGGGUCCCCGAAACGCUGGAAGAAGGUGGUGGAGUCGGAGUGUCCGGAGAAGGAGAAGUUUCCGCAGGAGUGGAAGAGUAAGAGCUCCCUGCAGAAGCUGAUCAUGAUGAGGGCGCUCCGCCCUGACAGGAUGACCUACGCCGUCAGAAACUUUGUGGAGGAGAAGCUGGGUGUGAAAUACACCGAGGGGCGCAAGACGGAGUUCGCCAAAUCCUUCAAAGAGAGCGGGCCGGCCUCCCCAGUCUUCUUCAUCCUGUCCCCCGGGGUGGACCCCCUGAAAGACGUGGAGUCUCUGGGGAAGAAGCUCGGCUUCACCAUUGACCUGGGGAAGCUGCAUAACGUGUCGCUCGGCCAGGGACAGGAGGCGGUGGCGGAGGUUGCCAUGGAGAAGGCAUCCAAGGAGGGACACUGGGUCAUUCUGCAGAACAUCCACCUGGUGGCGAAGUGGCUGGGCAGCCUGGAGAAGCUGCUGGAGAGCUGCAGUGAGCACAGCCACGCUGAUUACCGCGUGUUCAUGAGCGCCGAGCCGGCGCCCACCCCCCAGGAGCACAUCAUCCCUCAGGGCAUCCUGGAGAACUCCAUCAAGAUCACCAACGAGCCGCCCACCGGCAUGCUGGCUAACGUGCACGCCGCCCUCGAUAACUUCGACCAGGAUAUUCUGGACCAGUGCUCUCGCGAGCAGGAGUUUAAGACCAUCCUCUUCUCCCUGUGCUACUUCCACGCCUGCGUCGCAGAGAGACGCAAAUUCGGGCCUCAGGGCUGGAACAGAAAGUACCCCUUCAACACGGGAGACCUCACCAUCUCCGUCAACGUCCUCUACAAUUACCUGGAGGCUAACUCACAGGUGCCGUGGGAGGACCUGCGCUAUCUGUUCGGGGAGAUCAUGUACGGGGGUCACAUCACCGACGACUGGGACAGACGGCUGUGCCGCACCUAUCUGGAGGAGUACAUGCAGCCCAACCAGUUUGACAGGAAGCUGGCCCUGGCUCCAGGGUUCGUGGUUCCCUCCAACCUGGACUACCAGGGUUACCAUGGCUACAUCGAUGAGAUGCUGCCCCAUGAGAGCCCGGUGCAUUAUGGGCUGCACCCCAACGCCGAGAUCGAAUUCCUGACGGUGACCUCAGACAGCCUGUUCCACACCCUGCUGGAGCUGCAGUCCCGGGACUCCGUCAUGGGGGAGGGCGCGUCGCAGACGGCGGAGGAGAAGGUGAAAACAAUCCUGGACGACAUCCUGGAGAAGUUGCCGGAGGAGUACAACAUGUCGGACAUCACCUCCAAAACGGCCGAGCGCUCGCCCUACAUCCUGGUGUGCUUCCAGGAGUGCGAGCGCAUGAACCACCUCAUCUCCGAGAUCCGGCGCUCGCUCAAGGAGCUGGACCUGGGCCUGAAGGGUGAGUUGGCAAUUUCCUCAGAGAUGGAGCAACUGCAGACGGCGCUUUUCUUCGAUAAUGUCCCUGACACCUGGACCAAGCUGGCGUAUCCAUCAACGCUCAGCCUGGCGCAGUGGUACAACGACGUGCUGCUGAGGUGCCGAGAGCUGGACAGCUGGACCCAGGACCUGGCCCUGCCCAGCGUGGUGUGGCUGUCAGGACUCUUCAACCCCCAGUCCUUCCUCACGGCGGUAAUGCAGAGCCUGGCCAGGAAGAACGAAUGGCCUCUGGACAAAAUGAACCUCACUGUGGACGUCACCAAAAAAUUCAAGGAGGACUUCAACCAGCCAGCCAGGGAGGGGGCCUAUGUCUACGGGCUCUACAUGGAGGGGGCCAGAUGGGACCUCCAGGGGGGGCACAUCACCGAGGCGCGGCUGAAGGAGCUGACUCCGAGCAUGCCCGUCAUCUUCGUGAGGGCCAUCCCGAAUGACCGGCAGGAGACCCGCAACAUCUACGAGUGCCCCGUCUACAAGACCAAGCUGCGGGGGCAGACCUACGUGUGGACCUUCCACCUGAAGACCAAGGAGCGGCCGGCCAAGUGGGUACUGGCAGGAGUGGCUCUACUGCUGAGUGUGUGA